AUGACCAAAUCGUACAGUGAGAGCGGGCUGAUGGGGGAGCCUCAGCCUCAGGGUCCCCCGAGCUGGACAGACGAGUGUCUUAGUUCUCAGGACGAGGAACAUGAGGCGGACAAGAAGGACGACGACCUUGAAGCCAUGAACCCGGAGGAGGACUCAUUGAGGAACGGGGUUGAGGAAGAGGACGAAGAAGAAGACUUGGAAGAAGAAGAGGAGGAGGAAGAGGAAGACGACGAUCAAAAGCCCAAAAGACGUGGUCCUAAAAAGAAGAAGAUGACUAAGGCCCGGAUGGAGAGAUUCAAGCUAAGGCGCAUGAAGGCUAAUGCCCGCGAGAGAAAUCGCAUGCAUGGGCUAAAUGCUGCGCUGGACAAUCUGCGCAAAGUGGUGCCCUGCUACUCCAAGACACAGAAAUUGUCUAAAAUCGAAACUCUGCGUCUGGCCAAGAAUUACAUUUGGGCUCUCUCCGAGAUACUGCGCUCCGGUAAGAGCCCGGACUUAGUGUCCUUUGUACAGACCCUCUGCAAAGGCUUAUCCCAGCCCACCACUAACCUGGUAGCUGGCUGCCUACAGCUCAACCCUCGGACUUUCCUGCCGGAGCAGAACCAGGACAUGCCACCCCACUUACCAUCAGCCAGUGCUUCCUUCCCGGUGCAUCCUUACUCCUACCAAUCUCCCGGGCUUCCCAGCCCGCCCUAUGGAACCAUGGACAGCUCCCACAUCUUCCACGUAAAGCCGCCGCCUCACUCCUAUGGGGCGGCCCUGGAGCCCUUUUUCGAAAGUACUCUCACUGAUUGCACCAGCCCUUCCUUUGACGGACCCCUCAGCCCGCCACUCAGCAUCAAUGGGAACUUCUCUUUCAAACACGAACCCUCCACCGAGUUUGACAAAAAUUAUGCCUUUACCAUGCACUAUCCUGCAGCGACCCUGGCAGGAGCCCAAGGCCAUGGAUCAAUCUUCUCUGGCACUGCUGCCCCCCGCUGUGAGAUCCCAAUAGACAACAUUAUGUCCUAUGAUAGCCAUUCACAUCAUGAGCGAGUCAUGAGUGCCCAGCUCAAUGCCAUCUUUCACGAUUAA